AUGCUACAACAUUCACUAUUAAACACUUUAAAGACCUUGAAUAGACCGGCUCAUAUUCAAGUGUCUAAAACUCUGGGGAAUUUAUCCUUCUCCAUAAGAUCAUCAAAUGAUUCUGCCCUAUCUGAACAUUACCAAUACAUGCAAGAAUACUCAAAUUAUAACUUCAACUCCAAAUACAAGACUUGGUUUGAAUUAGAUCAUAAAGAACAGUUUAGAUUUAUGAAUAGUUAUCUAAACAAGCAUGAAUUAAUGUCUAGAUCUAAAUCCGCAUCAAGAUCUAUUAAUCAAAUGGAUAAUCAAAAUAAAGAUGUUAAUUUUAUGUUUUUCCAUUUAUAUGAAGGUUUGAAAACUCAAGCUGAUUCUACUCAACAAGCUGAAGCGGUUUUUAAAGAUGAUAUUUUUGAUUUAUUAUAUGAAAAGGAAUAA